AUGCUCACUUUCACGCCGCUCUCGGGCUCCGCGCGCUCGUCGCGAUCCGUCCCGCUCGCCUACCUCCUCCAAGUCGACGACGUGCACAUCCUCCUCGACUGCGGCUCCCCAAACUGGUGCCCAGAGCCCUCGUCCUCGUCACUGACAGACGACGACAUCAAAGACCAGGCGUUCCACUGGGAACAGUACUGCGAGAGACUCCGAGAGAUAGCGCCGAAGGUUGACCUCGUUCUCCUGUCGCACGGAGACCUCGCGCACUCCGGGCUGUACCCCUACGCGUACUCGCGUUGGGGCCUCAAGGCCCCCGCGUACUCGACGCUGCCGGUCCAAGCCAUAGCUCGCAUCGCUGCCUCGGAAGAGGUGGACGGCCUCCGAGACGAGCAGGACGUGGACGGGAGCGCAGAGGCGAAGAUGAGCGACGAAGAGGACAAGGACGCGCAGGAGGCGAUGGACGUGCGCGAGGACGGCCCAAGCGAGGGCGAGCGGGGGUCGCCGGCUGCUGAGAACACCACGGGGAAAUACGUCGCGACGCCGCAGGAAGUGCACGACGCGUUCGACUCCAUCAACACCCUGCGGUACUCCCAGCCGACCCAUCUCCAGGGGAAAUGCCAGGGCCUCACUAUCACGCCGUUCAACGCCGGACACACGCUCGGGGGCACGAUAUGGAAGAUUCGCUCGCCGUCCGCGGGCACGAUCCUAUACGCGGUCAACAUGAACCAUAUGCGCGAACGCCACCUCGACGGCACCGUGCUCAUGCGCCAGGCCGCGGGCGGCGUCUUCGAGCCCCUUGCGCGCCCGGACCUGCUCAUCACGGACGCGGAGCGCGCGGACGUGCUGAGCAGUCGGCGGAAGGACCGAGACGCGACGCUCAUCGACUGCAUCACGGCCACGCUUUCUUCGCGCUCGUCGCUCCUCCUCCCUUGCGACGCCAGCACCCGCGUCCUCGAGCUCCUCGUGCUGCUCGACCAGCACUGGUCGUACGCGCGGCUCAAAUACCCCAUAUGCCUGCUCUCGCGCACCGGCCGCGAGAUGCUGACGUUCGUGCGGAGCAUGAUGGAGUGGCUCGGUGGCACGGUGAGCAAGGAGGACGUCGGGCAGGAGGUGACGGACGGGAAGCGUGGCCGGGGAAAGCGGAAGCGCGAAGACGACGUGGACGACGACGCCGUCGGCGCGUUCGCCCUGCGAUUCAAGCACCUCGAGUUCUUCAUGAGCCCGCAGGCGCUGAUGCAGACGUACUCGUCGAAGGACCCGAAGCUGAUCCUCGCGGUGCCCGCGUCGCUCUCGCACGGGCCCUCGCGCGCGCUGUUCGCGGACUUCGCGACGGUGCCGGACAACGUCGUGCUGCUCACCGCCAGAGGCGAGGAGGGCACGCUCGGGCGGGUCCUGUUCGACAAGUGGAACAACUCGCAGCGGGCGGAGGAUAAGUGGGACAAGGGCAAGAUCGGGAGCAACAUCAUGAUGGACGGCGUUCUACAGCUACAACUCAAUUCGAAGGUCCCCUUGCAAGGCACCGAGCUUGAGCUGUUCCUGCAGAGGGAGCGCGCGGCGAAGGAAAAGCAGGCGGCACACCAGGCUGCCAUGGCGCGCACGCAGCAGCUUCUCGAAGCCGACGAAGAUGAAGAGGACAGUGACUCCGACUCCGACGAGGAGGAGGACGAGGAGGACGUCGAGCGCGCGCUCGGGGGCGGCGACGCGGAGCCCAAGCGCGAGCGGCGGCGACGGCAGGACGCGGACAGCAUGGGCGAGGCGGACUGGGGCAAGCUCGACGCGGACGACGGGACGAAGCAGCUGCUGUCGUUCGAUAUCUAUCUGAAGGGGAACGUGGCGCGCGCGACGAGCUUUUUUAAGAGCUCUGGGCGCGAGACGCAGCGGUUCAGGAUGUUCCCGUAUGUAGAGAAGAAGAGGAAGGUGGAUGAGUAUGGGGAGGUCGUGGACGUGGGGAUGUGGUUGCGGAGGGGGAAGAUCAUCGAAGAGGAGGACGAGGACGAUGAGGUUAAGGAGCAGAAGAGGAAGGAGGAGGAAGCGAAGAAAGCCCCAAAAGAGCCGCCAUCCAAGUUUAUUUCUACCACAGUCGACGUUCAGCUGGCAUGUCGGCUUCUGUUCGUCGACUUGGAAGGUUUGAAUGACGGUCGGGCCACAAAAACGAUCAUUCCGCAAGUCAACCCGCGCAAGAUGAUCAUAGUGCAUGCGCCUCCGAGCGCGACGGACGCUCUCAUUGAGAGCUGCGCCAACAUCCGCUCGAUGACGAAGGACAUCUACGCACCGUCGCAGGGCGAGUCCAUCCAGAUUGGCCAGAACACCAACAGUUUCUCGAUAUCGCUCAGCGACGAGCUCCUUGCGUCCAUCAAAAUGUCACGGUUUGAAGACAACGAGGUCGGCUAUGUGACCGGGCGCAUCUCCAUGUCCGCCAUGUCGACCGUGCCCACGCUCGAGCCUGCCAUCGCCGUGUCUGGCGCUGCAGCGCCUGUCCCCGCCGUCCUCGCGCCGUCCGCCCCGCGCCCGCUCGGCGCCCGCCCGAUUCAGCGCCUCCCCAACUCGACGAUGAUCGGGGAGCUCAAGCUGACGGCGCUGAAAGCGCGCCUCGCGUCCAUCGGUGUCCAGGCUGAGCUCGUCGGCGAGGGCGUGCUGAUCUGCGGGGUAUCUGCGCGGCAGGGCGGGAGCGGCCUCGACGACCUGGGCGGGAGCGUUGCGGUGCGCAAGACGGCGCGGGGCCGGGUGGAGAUGGAGGGCACGGUUUCGGAGGUGUAUUAUAAGGUCCGGAAGGAGAUUUACGGCCUGCACGCGCUGGUGGCGGCGUGA